AAUAUAUUUAAGAAAGCAGUAGAUGGAAAGAGAGAGUGAAGUAGGAAGUGGAUCUGGCGAAGUUAGUGGGGGUGGUGAGGCCCCGGACACACCUAAUGUCCCUUCAGAACCCUCAGAACCCUCAGAACCAGAAGACCCCCCGGAAGGACCGAAAGACCCCCCGGAAGGACCGGAAAACCCCCCGGAAGGACGUUACGGAACAGUUUGUGUAGAGGACAGUCCUGAACUAUUCCCUUUCUUAGUCGAACAGUUCUUUCAGCUAAAGUCCCAGUUUCCUAGUAUCUGCUGUGGUUCUAUCUACGACGAUGUCGACACUUUCUGCAGGACGUUUGGUGAGAGACUGCUAGUGAUGGUAGAUUGGAGUGACUUGAGUGUGGUUGCUGGAAUAUCCUUCAGCUUGUUCCCUAAAACCUCGUCUCUCUACGUAGGUUACAUGAUAACAGAGCACAGACUUAGAGGAAGAGGCUUCAUGAAGAUACUGUUCCAAGAAAUGAAAGACUAUGCUGAGAAGUUGUACCCAUGGGCCUAUAAUAAGGGGUUUUGUUCAAUAGUUGCGGAGACGUUAGUACACCCUCUACCCGAGUACAAGGAUUACUUUAGCACCUGGGAAAACAUUCAUAACACCCACUCUGCACUUAACAAGAUAGGUUUCUAUCAGUGUGCCUUUAACUACGUGAUGUACGGGGAGGUGGAGGACGAUGGUCUGAUAACAAAGGGCUCCACUGAUUACAUCAUGAUGGUACACAAGGACAGUACCAACAUCUCCAAGAGCAAGCAUCCCAACUUUAGUUUGGAAAUUGACAGCUGGUUUUUGGAGUCGGUGAUGUAUAACUUUGUGAGAAUGGAUCUUAAGACCUGGACACCAGCUAAUUUGGGAGAGGAGUUCUUAGCCUCACUCUCUUCUAUUCCUGCCGACAAAUGCUCCAUUCGACAACUCCUCCCCUUUUACAGGACUGAUAAACUUUAUCCGGAUCAUCUGAAAUGACUAGCACGGAGCAGCAACAUUGAUAUGACCUAUUUCCAUGACAACAAGGGACCACCACCAAGCAAGCUGGUUACAAACAAGUGCAGUGAACCUACCUCCUUCAGUGAAAUUAAAACUCAGUCACUACAAGCACUGUGCGAGUCUAGGAGGUCAGCAGAGACCCUGCUUAGGAGCAAGGUGACCCCACUCGUUAACAGCAUGAGGAUUGGUGGGAAAUCUACUACAAAGUCCUGCGGAGUGAAGAUGAAACAGAGAGAAAGAAAGAAAGAGAAAGACCGUUUAAACUCGUGGGGUUCCAGUAGUAGCGACUCCAGCAGCAGUGAGUUAAGCUGCAAGGGAGGUACCCGGGGUUACACAUUCAGUGAUUCUCUGUGAUAUAUCGGACCUAAAACAACCACACGUCUGGGUAACAAGACUCUCUGGUGUUAGAGGCUGGUGAUGUAAUAGCGAGGUAUUACAGACCACAUGUGAGCCGCGCAGAAGCAGCAGCAUGUGCAGACACCACGCUUAAUCCUUCUGUUUAUACGCAGCCUCAUAAGAGGAGUAGUGUGAUAACGCUGCUUUGCAAGUAUCACGUGUAGUGUGAAUAAGUAUUAGUAAGAAGAGAAUUUUGAAAUGGAUUAGAAAUGAACUGGAGAUGGUGUAUAAACAAUACAAACAAUAUUAUUAUGUAAUAUCAUAUUUUACCGUAAAACUGAUGUGAGAUAACUGAACAGUUUAUAUUCAAUUUGGGCAGUAAAUGAGAUGAAAGAGAUAAGAACUCUCCGUAGCGAUGCCAAGUGUCCUCGACACUGGGCAGUGGACAAUGGGCAGUCCCUUCCAACAGAGGUGCUCUUUUUGCGGGGGACGAAGGUGCGCGUGGGGACGAAGGUGCGCGUCUUAAGCGCCCACGUGAACAAUGCGAUUCAAUAGAUAACUACGUCAGGCGAUCACAAAUGAAAAUAAUUUCUCA